CGUACCAAUGAGAAGCACGCAUGCGCAGAGGAGAAGCCGGCUCCGGGGCGCUUUUUGGAUGCGAGAAGGGCCUGCUGUGGUCCCUGGGUACAGACGCAGCGCCGGUCACCCGAAUUCCUGUAAAUCAUGGUUAUCGGGGUGCUGUCUCCUAAGACGGCAAUGAUUCAUCUGGGGUAACACCAUGGAAAAGGCAGUCAAUUCAUCAGAAACCGCACCUUCGAAAUCAUCUCAGGUUUCAAAUAGGAAAGAGACUGACUCAACCAAAGACGCAGACUCCAGUAAGGCGCAGAAGGGAAAAAGGGUUGGCUUUGUGUUGGUGCAUGCAGGUGCUGGCUAUCAUUCAGAAUCAAAAGCUAAGGAAUACAAGCAUGUCUGUAAACGAGCAUGCAAAAAGGCAAUUGAAAAGUUACAAGCUGGCGAUCUUGCAACAGAUGCUGUCACAGCAGCUCUUGUGGAGUUGGAGGACUCUCCAUUUACAAAUGCAGGAAUGGGGUCCAACUUAAAUCUCCUGGGAGAAGUAGAAUGUGAUGCCAGUAUAAUGGAUGGAAAAUCUCUAAGUUUUGGAGCAGUUGGAUCUUUGAGUGGUAUAAAAAAUCCAGUGUUGGCAGCAAACAAGUUGCUGUUUGAAGGACAGAAAGGAAAACUCUCAGCUGGCAGGAUCCCACCUUGUUUUUUAGUUGGAGAUGGCGCUUUUAAGUGGUCUGUCGAUCAUGGGAUUCCGACCUGUCCUAGAGACAUCAUGGCUACAAAAUUAAGUUUAGCUGCUUUCAAACGCAACAAAAGAAAACUGGAGCUGGCAGAAAAGGUGGAAACCGAUUUUAUACAGAUUAAAAAGAGAAGACAAUCAAGUGAAAAGGAGAAUGACUCAGGAACUCUGGACACUGUUGGAGCAAUAGUUGUUGACCAAGAUGGAAACGUAGCUGCUGCUGUCUCCAGCGGUGGACUAGCCAUGAAACAUCCUGGAAGAGUUGGCCAGGCUGCUCUGUAUGGAUGUGGCUGCUGGGCUGAAAACACUGGAGUUCACAACCCAUAUUCUACAGCUGUGAGUACUUCAG